AUCUACCAACUUAAUCUCGACUGGCGUAAACGUUAUCCCUGUAAAUUCCGAGAAGUUAACCGUUGACAAGCACCAGGUAGAAGGAAUGCAUGGGAUAAUGAGGUUGACAGGUAUUUUACAAACGGACCAAUGUCGAAAACGGAGUACCUGAGAUCUGAGUCAGUCGAACGUCUAAACGCCUCUAGUGAAAGUGAUUUGUGUCUCGUCCGCGCUAAUGCAGAAAAGGAAAAACGACAUUAGAAAUGAUGUCGAAAAGGAACCUAAGGAUUUAACAAAUCGAAACAUGUUUUCCAGUACACAGAUAAAAAUGAGGCUGAUGUCUCCCAAUAGUUCACCGGCAACUUCACCGACAAUGUCAAACUCGUCAUCGCCAACACCACCUGCCGUUAAUUAUAAUAAAAUAACGGGAAUACCGUGCGUGGCGGCCGCCUCCAGAUAUACGGCUCCGGUUCAUAUCGACGUCGGCGGGACUAUAUACACGUCCUCAUUAGAAACACUUACCAAAUAUCCAGAAUCUAGACUGGCGAAAUUAUUUAACGGAAGCAUACCAAUAGUAUUAGACUCUUUAAAGCAACACUAUUUUAUAGAUAGAGACGGUGCAAUGUUUAGACAUAUACUUAACUUUAUGCGAAAUUCCCGACUGCUCAUUCCCGAAAACUUCGCCGACCUGGAUCUGCUCCUGGAGGAGGCGCGAUACUUCGACAUUGCUCCGAUGAUCCGACAAUUGGAGCAGCUGAAGAAGGAGAAGAUCAAGAACGGUCUCUACGUCGCGCACAACAACAGCAUGGACGGCAAUUCGGGGAGGUCGCACGAUUCGCUCGGCCCGUACAGAAACGCCGCGGCGGAUAGUUACGAGUGCGUCGCGCUGCACAUCAGCCCCGAUCUGGGCGAGCGGAUCAUGCUGUCCGGAGAUCGAACGCUGCUCGACGAGGUUUUCCCCGAAACGAACCAGGCGCUCAUGGACGCCCGCUCGGGUAUGGCGUGGAACCAGCAGGACGCGCGGCACGUCAUCCGAUUCCCGCUGAACGGCUACUGCAAGCUGAACUCCGUGCAGGCGAUAACCAGGUUGCUUAACGCCGGAUUUCGGGUGGCCGCCAGCAACGGCGGCGGCGUCGAGGGUCAGCAGUUCUCAGAGUACCUGUUUAUUAGGAAAGCGCUACCUGGUUGAUGGUUGGAAGACCUUCAAUUUCGCGGGGGAGACAAUCAGCGAUCGUAACCGAUGCGCCAGUUAAUGUCCUUUUUUCCUUCUAAUUUAAGUAAGACUUUGCCUUAAUUAGUUUUUAAAUUAUAUUGUUGAAGUAAUUAAUAUGUAAAUAAUUAACCUAAUGUUUAUACGUUCACGUUUUGAAAAAUUCACCAGCUGAUCUCAUUGUGUAUUUCACUGUGAUUUGAGGGUUUAAGAUUUAAAAGUAACACUGUGAUGAGACAGCGCCAGUUUAUUGAUCGACACACUGUGUUUGUUGGAGAUGUUAUUUCUUAAUAAAUAUUCUCACUG